AUGCCGUGGAUGCUUAGUUAGUGUUGUUGUGAGGAAUCUUCUCAUCUCAAUACUCAACUUGUUUUUAGUUUGACAAUAUCUCUACGAAAAAGUCUUGUAGCCAACUUUGACCAAGAUGAACAACAUGAACAAUCAACAAGGACAAGGACCCAAGGAGGACUACCUCGACAAAGGCCUUGAUGCAGUAGAGAAGAAGUUUGGCCAGGGCAAAAUCGACCCCGCAGCCCAACGCAACACGAAUGAAAAGAUCACCGACAAGGCGCGCAAUAUGUUUGAGUCAAGCACGGGCAAGAAAGUCCCAGACAAGUUCAGUAACUAAGUCCAUAAAAUGAGAAAAGUUGACAAGGUCAGGGCGCAGGAGGACAGGUAGCAUGAUAGUCAACCCUCUCUGCGUAUAAGCAGAUGCAGGUGUAAUCAAUAUCAUUCGAUUCUUUGAGUGAUAUAUAUA